CGCGAGGCCGAGCUGUGUAUGCCGGACACCGGGAGAGGCCUCAGUCCGAAACUUGAUUGACAGCGCGGACAGAGCCCGGAGCCAGGGGCAUCAGUUUUGCCAAUAGAUAUGGAGAGGGCCAGGCUCGGCACAGGAGGCGUAUUUGGACAUGAAGUGAAAUUUGGACGCAGAGAGCCUUGUGCGUUGAUCUUAACACAACAACGAGAUGGGCAGUUUGUGCUGAUCAUCCACCCUCAAGUGAAAAACUCUGGUGAAGAGAUUCUUCCUAUUAAUAGCAACUUUAAAUUCGUCCAAGAGGCUGAGGAGUCCCUUCUUAUUGAUCUUCCCUCCAACAAUGUUUGUAAAGUGAGAAUACAGGCUGACCCCUGGUCUGCCGAUCGCCUGUUUGAGAUUCCUGACGAAGACAAGUGUAUGGAGCUGCUUUCAGAAAUGCGGAUUGUACAGGAAGGGCAGGAGAAACCUGUUCGGCCUGAGAAAAAAGAAUCAUCUAAUUGGUACCAACCAGCAGUGACCCCAGAUAGUAUACCUGGGCCAUCUUCACAAAGUUCUGUUUCUGGAAAUUUUGGAUUUGAUGAUAAUUUUAGUUCACUGAACCUGGAAAAAAGAAGAAAUAUUCAGAACCAACAGCUGGGAUCUCGCAGAGAACCUCCUCCACCUCCUGUCCCUGUAGAAAGGCAACUCCCCAGAGAAAGAGAGCGAGAACCACCAGGGUGGGAAAAGCCAAAAAUGACCAACAGCAUUCGGAAACUAUUUGUACCAAACUCCCAGUCUGGGCAAAGGGAAGGGUUAAUCAAACAUCUCCUGACAAAGAAAGAAAGUGAAUAUGUGAAUGUUGAGAACUACAGGUUCUUUGUAGGAACAUGGAAUGUGAAUGGCCAGGCACCUGAUGAAGGUCUAGAGCCCUGGCUCCAAGCUGACACAGAUCCCCCUGAUAUAUAUGUUGUUGGGUUUCAGGAGCUGGAUCUCAGUACUGAAGCUUUUUUCUACUUUGACUCUGGGAAGGAACAGGAGUGGACAGAAGCUGUGGAGAAGAGUUUACACCCAAAAGCCAAAUAUAAAAAAAUCGGACUGAUCCGACUUGUGGGAAUGAUGAUCGUAGUAUUUGCCAAAAAAGAACAUGUCAAACACAUCCAGGAAGUGGUUGCAGAGUCUGUUGGGACUGGUAUUAUGGGAAAGAUGGGUAACAAAGGAGGUGUAGCCAUCAGGUUUGUUUUCCACAACACUUCAUUUUGCUUUGUUAAUUCUCACCUAGCGGCGCAUGUAGAGGAUUUUGAGAGGCGUAAUCAAGAUUAUAAAGAUAUUUGUGCUCGUCUGAACUUCACUGUUCCAGAUCAGAACAUACCAUCCCUCAAUAUCAUGAAGCACGAUGUUGUUAUUUGGCUGGGUGAUUUGAACUAUAGACUGUGCAAAUAUGAUGCGAGAGAAGUAAAAAAUAUGAUAGAAAAAAACGACAUUAACACACUUUUGAAGUUUGAUCAGUUAAAUAUCCAGAGAGAUCUGAAAAAUGUCUUCACAGAUUUUACGGAAGGCAACAUCAAUUUUAUCCCAACGUACAAGUUUGACCCUAAAACAGAUCAUUGGGAUUCCAGUGGGAAAUGUCGGGUUCCAGCUUGGUGUGACAGAAUUCUGUGGCGGGGAACAAAUAUCAAGCAACUAAAAUAUCGUAGUCAUAUGGACUUGAAAACAAGUGACCACAAACCAGUCAGCUCACUAUUCAACAUUGGGGUAAAGGUUGUGGAUGAGCGCCGGUACAGAAAGGCAUUUGAGGAUAUUGUACGCAUGAUGGACAGAAUGGAGAAUGAUUUUCUUCCAUCGUUAAAACUGAGUAGGACAGAAUUUGUGUUUGAUAGAGUGCGGUUUCGACAGCUUCAAAAACAGACCCUCCAGAUCCAAAACAAUGGUCAGGUUCCGUGUCACUUCUCCUUUAUCCCUAAACUCAAUGAUACUCAGUACUGUAAACCCUGGCUACGAGCGGAGCCCUGUGAAGGUUACCUGGAGCCAGAUGAAACUGUGGAGAUUAGCCUGGAUGUAUAUGUUAGUAAGGAUUCCGUGACCCUGCUUAACUCAGGGGAGGACAAGAUAGAAGAUAUUUUGGUCCUACACCUUGACCGUGGCAAGGAUUACUUCCUGACUAUAAGUGGGAGCUAUCUGGUGAGCUCCUUUGGAACAUCAUUGGAGGCUCUGAGCCGAAUAAAGAGGCCAAUCCGAGAGAUUCCUGUUACUAAACUCAUAGACUUGGGAGAAGACAGCUUUUCAGAGAAGGAGAAAUCUGUGAUGCGUAAUCUGGAUUGUGAUGGGGCUGAGAGUCCUCUGAAGAUACCAAAGGAGAUUUGGCUUUUGAUGGAUCACUUGGUUACUACUGCUUGUCACCAGGAAGAUCUUUUUCAGACACCUGGGAAACAGGAAGAACUACAACAGAUUAUUGAAUGUCUAGAUACCAGCAUUCCAGAGGCCAUCCCUGGAAGUAACCAUUCUGUAGCUGAAGCACUGCUGAUAUUUUUGGAAGCCUUGCCAGAGCCGGUGAUCUGUUAUGAGCUGCACCAGCGGUGCAUUGAUUGCUCCCAUGAUACUCGGCUGUGCAAACAGGUUAUUUCACAGCUGCCCCGAUGCCACAGAAAUGUAUUUAGAUAUUUAAUAGCAUUUCUACGCGAGCUGCUCAAGUACUCUCAAGACAACAACUUAACAGCCAACAUGAUUGCAACUGUUUUCACCAGUCUGAUCCUUCGGCCACCACCAAAUCUCGUGGCCAAACAGAUGCCGAGUGAACGUCAGCGAGCAAUCAACUUUAUCUUGGGAUUCCUGAUGGUUGUUGAUGAGGAAUGAGCCAGGUCACCAAAACUGCAGAACGUUCUGUUUUAAAGAACAUAAACCAUAGGCACUUGCUUCAAAUUGCACAAGUCAAGGAUCAUAUUAAGAUAAGGACCGGAAUUAUGUAUUGUGCGGUAUAGAAUACAAGGUCUAUGUCAGCCAAUUUGAGUACUGUACUGAUUCAAGACUCACAUAUGAAUUGAUAUAUGUUAAUUCAAGCUUAGUGCUGUCAUGGUGUACACCAGCUUGUGAGUUUUGGUGAAUCACAUAAAUGGACAGUCACGUAGUCCUGUAAUAAUUGUUAAUAAUGUUUCAGUUUAUAACUUGUUGGUCGUCCUUAGAUUUUAUUGCUAUUAUCAUGCUUUCACUUAUUUUUGACAUUUCCUCCGAUGAUCUAAUUCAAUAUGGCACAUUUAAAGGGACAUUAAACCCAAUGUUUUUCUUUCAUGGUUUAGAAAGAGCAUGCAAUUUUAAACAACUUUCUAAUUUACUUCUAUUAUCUAAUUUGCUUCAUUCUCCUGAUAUUCUUUGCAGAAAAGCAUAUCUAGAUAGGCGCAGUAGCUACUAAUUGGUAGCUGCACAUAGAUGCCUCAUGUUAUUGGCUCACUCAUGUGCAUUGCUAUUUCUUCAACAAAGGAUAUCUUAAAAAUGAAGCAAAUUAGAUGAUAGAAGUAAAUUGGAAACGUAUUUAAAAUUGUAUUCUCUACCUGAAUCAUUAAAAAAAUGUUGGGUUUAGUGUCCCUUUAAGCUAAAUUGAAAUUCCAAUGAUGUGUGUUUAGUGAAUGAGAAAGGCAUUGGAAUUUUUGAUGACUUCUUUGUGCCUAUUGAUUACUUGUGCUAUUGUAUUUAAAGGGACAUAAAACCUUUACUUUUUCUUUCAUGAUUCGGAGAGAGCAUACAAUUUGAAACAAGUUCCAAUUUACUUCUAUCAUCAAAUAAUCUUUGUUUUCUUGUUAUCCUUUUUUAAAAAGGAGGAAGGUAAGUUCAGCAGUGUGCACGUGUCUACAGCACUAUAUGGCAGUAGUUUUGCAACAAUGUUAUACAUUAGCAAGACCACUAGAUAGCAGCACUAUUUCAUGUCAUGCAGUGCUCCACAUGUGCACGCUGCCUAUCUAGAUAUCUCUUCAACAAAGAAUAACAAUAGAACAAAGCAAAUUUGAUAAUAGAAGUAAAUUGGUAACUUGUUAAAAAAAAAAUUGUAUUCUCUGUCUGAACCAUGAAAGAAAAAUGUUGGGUUUCAUAUCCCUUUAACUUUUUCCAUUGGGCAUAUACGUAUUUGUGUCAUCUAUUUGCUGCUCCAACAUUAUCGAUCAGCUCAAGGUUGAACUCUGAGCCAUACAACGCUGCACCUGGCAGUUGUAAAACCUCUAAUUUAUAAUAAAAAAGGCAAAGUUCUGUCGGUUUUGGUGCAUUCAGAUUUACAUUUUUUUGCUGAACUUUCAGUUCACGUUUAAGAGCAUUAAUUGUGCUAAUGGGGGUAAAAAUCUGAUGCAGAAUGACAAAAGGAUUGUAUAGUUAGUAGUGUCUAUGAGACCUGCAAAAGUAACACUACAUGGGAGUCUAAGGAAACCAAAUAUGUAAGAAUAAGCCAAGUAAAGGUUGUUUUUUCUGUUGCCAGAAUAUGUUUUAAUCUCUUUACAUUGUUCAUGAAAUCACUUAAAACAAAAAUUCAUAUUACCUUAAGCAGAAAUGACUGGCAUUACAUUCAGUAGAAUGGAAUUGGGAAUGAAUCGCAGCCUGUUAAAUGGUGCAAAGGGUACAGUGUGUAAAUCUUUGUUAAAGUAUGAAAUAUCACCUUUUAUUUUAGCUGUUUAUAUGAAAAGGAUACAUUUAAAACCUUUAAAAAAAAUGUAGUUGUAUUUAAUUUUGUAUAAUGUAGUGACAAAUUUGAACAUUUCAUUGUAAUUUAAUAGUUUCCAUAUAUAUAUUGUGUGCGGAUCUAGACAUGAGAUGGUGUUGUAAGUGGUGAUCUGAACAUUUCUUUUUCAUGUGCCUUGUACAUGUUUGUUGUAUUUGCUUUUAUCAUUAUUAUAUGAAGUACAUAUCUUAUUUAGUGUAUCUCUGAUUUUAUAUAUGUCUUGUAAAAAGUAUAUGUAGGCUGCGGCUCUUUAAGUGCCCAAAGCCCAACGAGGAGCUGGCAACUCUCAGGGUUUUCUUUUUUCUUCUUUUUUUUUUUUUUUUAGAAAGAUAGUGGUAUUUAAUUAAGAGCUUUCUUGUAUUCUAAAAAUUAGGUGAUGACUGUUUUUUGGGGGGGUUUUUUUAAUACAAAUCAUCAAUCUGUCUUAUUAUUGCCAGCUGCUUAGCAUAUUUAAUUGGGCAGAUUAAUUCCAUAAUUAUUAUAGAGCAAUGAUUAAGAUGUUAUAUUUAUGUUUGGUGGCGUUCACUCCCUGAAAUAGGGUAAACUGUCUACAUUUAAAAUAAAAAUACUUUUGCUAAUAAAUCAUUAUCUACACCAACAUAUAUCUUGGCAUAUUGAACACUUCACAUUAGGGCCUAGGUCUGUAGGGGUGUUACUUAGUUCUUCAGAGGCGGGACUUGUGUAGACUGGUGUGGGGGGUUGGACUUUGGAUAUUGUGGGGGUUGGACUCACACACAGCAACAAGACAUAACAGUGCUCUUCUCCCUUUUUUGUAUUAUUAAUUUAAUCAUUUUGUCCUUCAACUUCUUUCAUAUAUGCCUCUAACUCAUAUAUUAAAAGAUAUUCAAUAAAAGUUCAAGCCAAUUAGAUUGAGUAAAAUUAAAGGAACACUGUAUUGUAAAAUGUGUUUUAAAUGUAUUGGGAAUUGUUUCUUCAUCUUUAUUUUUUAUUUGAAAUUGCUUAUUAUGGUCAUUAAAACUAUCUGCAAUUAUUCUUAAUGACACCUCCAUAUAAAUUGGCUGAGUCUGCAGGAAAAGCACAGCUGCUCAUAUUUUCUCUUUAUAGCAAAUCCUAAUAGCUGUUGCAAAGCUCAUUAUGGCUGGGGGGGUUAAGUGAGCAAAAACAGCAAUUUUGAGAUACAAAAAUCUCUCUACUAUCCUCCACUACAGUGGGAGGUUAAUUAGUGCUAUAGUAUCCUGUUUUAUAUAGCUUUUCUACAGAGAAUACGGUUGUAUUCAUAUUUUCAAUAUAGGUGGGGGUUUUAAUAGGUAAAAACAGCUAUUUAAAAUGAAAAAAUAAAGGUAAUGGUGCUGUUUGCAAACAAUGUAAUACACUCCAGUCUCCAACAAGAAUAAUGGAUAAUUUGGAACACAUUUAAGCAAAAACAUGUUUUGCAGUAUAAUGUUCCUUUAACUAUACACACUGUUUAUGUUACUGCAAAUUAUAGAAGCAGGUACUAUUUAGGAUGUACGAAUAUUUAAACUGAAAUAUUUUUGUUUGCAUAUGCAAAUAUAUGACACCAAAUAAAAUAUCUUUAGUAUUUCCCCUUAUCUGCCAUUUUUUUCCAGUAUGCCAAGCUGAAGAUAUUUACUAAAAUACCAGGCCUAAUCCUUAGAGUAAAAUUUAGUAACACAUUUUGAUUGAAGAUUUAUUGGUGGCUGUUUAUAAUAUUGUUCUUGAAAGCUAGAAUUAUCUGUCUCUUUAGAACUGAGAAAAAUCCAGUUUUCAGAGAUAAAUUACAUGAAAAAGGUAAAAAAAAAUGCUACAUAUAUUUCCUUAAUUGUCUGUAGCUGAUACCAACUUAAAACAAUGCACUGUAUGGCCAUGGCUAGCUUUGUCUGCAGACUCAAACCCAGAUUGUCUCCACCAAAUAAGGCAAAUUGUGCAGUUUGACUAUUGAAAAACAGUUGCAGUAAAAAAAGGAUGUUUGUUUUCAAAAUGUUUAAACUUGGAUGAUAUGGUAAUCUAUAGCAACACAACAGAAAUGUCUUGUAAGGUGUUUACUGUCCCUUUAAUUAGGUAAAAACUAGGGUUGCACCAAAACCAUUUUUUUAUGACCGAGUACAAGUACCGAUAUUUUUUUUUCAAAUACUCGCCGAUACCAAUUACUGAUACUUUUUUUUUAAAUGUCAUGUGACAGUUUACCAAGCACAAUACAGAGUAAUUAUUUAAGAUUCCUUCUUUAAAAUUAUAAAGGACUGUAAUUCAAAAGACAUUAUGAAAUAAUAAAAAAGUUCACUGAACAUGUUUAUAAAUAAAAAAUAUUACAAUAAAAUAUUACAUUUAAAGGGGUGAUACAAUUGGGUUGUAGGGCUGUUAUAUAACAUCAAUCUGACAUUUGUAUGGAGGUUCGACUCUAAGUUGAACAGUCUUUCACUUUCCACACUACUGCAUGGGGCAGAAAGAUAUUUUUGGGCCAUUUUAGCCAGGGAUGGAAAUCUGUUUAUUAACUACCCAGUACUUCAGGGGUUUGUCUGAACGAGGUACAGUGAUCUCUCCUACAAUAAUACAAAUAACAGCAAUUUGUAUUGGCAGAACAGUAGUAAACAAUUUUAGUUUAGUCUCCACUCCAGUGAAAUGGGAAGAUGCAGUUUGAAAAACCACCACAAGAUAGCAUAUGGGUAGGAAGUGGAGGUAUCGGUUUAAGUAUUGGUGCAUUUGCACGAGUACAAGUACUCAUGCAAAUACUUGGUAUCGGUACAGAUACCAAUACUAGUAUCGGUAUCGGUGCAACCCUAGUAAAAACAUGCACCCUCCCACUGCUACCUUCAGUUAUGUGUCUAAAAUAUGAUAACGUGAUCAGUAGUUGAGUACUACAAGGAUAUAUUAGACUGUAAUACCUUAGCUUGGUAUGGGCUGAAAUGCUGUUCACUUACACUACUUGGGAAUUGGUAAUGUUUUCAAAUGAGUCAUUCUGCAUAAUAUAGUGUGCGUUUUGUUUUUCUUAGCCGUCCACUCAUUUCAUUGUUUUUAUCCAUUUUCUUGGAAAGAAGUAAAUUUACAUAAUUUCAUAGCAGAGUAAUCUUGUGAUUCUGAGCACUGGAUAUACAUUGAUUAUAUAUUCCUAUACACAAAUGCUAGCAUGGGAUUCACUGCAAAACAUAGUUAUACUUAAAGGGGUAGCAAACACUUUGAGAUUAUAUUAUAAAAACUUUUAUUAUGUGCAGUGAAACAGCCUUGCAAUAUUUCAUUAUUUAUUUGGACUCCUUGCCAUGUAAUUUUACUUUGAAAAUUGGGAGUUUUCUAAUUCUUGGAACAGAAAGUGCCGACUCCUCAAGGAUAAUCGUUUAGCAUAUAAUUAUCCCUUACUGACGUCCGCAGAUAACUACAAAAAAAUGGCGUUUUUACUUACAAAAUGAAAGUGGUUAACUUUUGUUUACUGCAAAUAAGUGGUUGGAGUUUGUUGAAAAACAAUUGUAGCAAAUAAGGUGUCAUUUUGUUUUUAAGAUAUUUACACUUGGUCAAUGUUGUUCUAUAGUAAGACAACGGAAAGGUCUAGUAAUUACAAGUUUUUAGUAUCCCUUUAAGAAAAACAUAUCAGUUAUUUUUUUGCAUUCUUUGAUUGGGUGAAUUUGGUUGCCAUACUUUCUACAAACAUUGGAUUGCAAAGUUGCAUUACUUCAGCAGAUAGUUGGGUGCUCCCAGACAGCUGCUUACUAUGCUUUAUGAGAAAAUCAGCCCAGGUAUAUCAUGUAGUAAUUCUCCCUCCAUUUCUUAUAAAUGCUCCAGAGCUUUAUAUACUUUUGUUCAGUUACUAGAGCCCCCCCCCCCCUAUAGUUUGAGUAUAUGAUAUGAGUAAGAUCAUAGAGAUGUGUGUGCACUUUAUUAGCAAACACUGUGCGAUGUAGUGGCCUCUUGAAAUUUAAAGCCAAAUCUUAAAGCUUUAGAAAUGAAGUAAACUAUUAUAUGUAUUUUUUUGUGGCAAGUUAUUUGUAUUUGCACCUUUUUGAUGUUCUGCUUUGUUUCCAGAGUUCUCAUUUUGUAAAAUUCAAGACCCCACGAUUCACACUAGUGAUAAUGUGACGUUUUCUUUAUGUAUAUGUGAGUUUGACAAAGUUUAUGACCCACGUUGCCUGAUAAUUUCCACAUUGUCAGUUUUAGUGUACGGAUGGAUCUUGCACAAAGUUUUAUGUCAUCAACUUCAGCAACAGCUUUAAGUGUUUAAGGAUGUAAAGAAAGGCAUUGUUCUACGUUGUGCCAAAUACUUGCAUUUUACUUGAUAUUUUAUUGAACCUUAGACACAUACAGUGAAGGUUACUGUCUUAAAUAUUAGAUUACUGCUUCUUAUACUUUACAGCAGUAAUGGCCAACUUCCUAACAUGUGGGUGGCCACAGAUAUAUAUUUAAGAAGACUUAAUAGCCAUAUAUAGAUUGUAUAGCUAUUAAACACUAAAUUAAUAUUUCCUAAAAAUGUCCAGUUGGAUAAUGCCAGAUUUAGGUAAGGUUAUUGUUUAAAAUAAAAUAAUUAUAUAUAUAUGUAUAUAUAUAUAUAUAUAUAUAUAUAUAUAUAUAUAUAUAUAUACUGUAUGUGUAUAUAUAUAUAUAUAUAUAUACACCAUGUAAAAAUAGGGGAUAAUUGAUUGAAAUCUUAUCAUUUUCCUAUGUAUCAUAACCAUGAUUUUCUGAUAGUUACAGAGAUAACAUUCAAAACUGGCCAUAUUGUAUGAAGUCUGAAGAAUUAUUGAGAUAUAGCAUACUCUCUGUGUACUUUCCUAUGCUAAGCUGUGUAAACACUAAUCAAGUUGUGCCUCUGAGAGCCAAGUGUGUGUAUCAGGAAGCAUAUUAAGUGUAAUUUAUCAAUAUAUUCUAAUGUGCUUUAAAAUGUAUUAUAAUUGUAUGUUUGAAGCCAUAUAAUGCAUUAACAUUUUACCUAUGUUGUCUGUACCUAACUAGUCCAGUUUACACAUGUCAGUGUUCUCCUCAUGACCUAUUUAAUAGGUACACCAUCCGGCUGAUUUUUGCUUAAAAAUUUAAGCCAAUAUUAAGAUUAAAAUUAGCUUCUUCUUUUUUUACAAUGUUUAUCAAAAUCAAUUUAUGUUGCAUUAUGCCAUUCAUUUUUACUUUUGAUAGCUUAUUUAACAUUCAUACACAUGCCCCCACCUGGCCACAUCAUAAUGCCAACCGGCUGGCAAAAUCUUCUGUGGAGAACACUUCAUGUGAUUUUUGUAUUUUUAGUGGUAUAUUAAAUCCAAAACAUUCAACAAUAUCAUCCUUUUAAAUGUUGUUCUGCAUUUUGUGCAACUGUCUUUAAAAGGGACAUGGAACUCAGACACUUAAAUGAUUCAGAGAUUGUACAGUUUUUAAAAAUAAAAUAAACUGCUAUCCUUUGUUGAAACGUAGCUCAUUUCCUCAAACAUACUGAGGAAGGCUCAGAAGCGAGCAUAUACCUUAAAGGGACAUUAAACACUAAAUAAAUGCUAGAUAGAAUGAUGCAUUCAAAGAAAAGAUUAGUCUGUGAAUAACAUUUAGAUGGGUUUUUUUUUAAAGUUUCAUUAGUUUAAAUAGUGAUAAAAUAAGUGUAAAGUUUUAGUGUCUAUAAAACACCUCGAGCUGCCAUGUUGUAACUUAAGUUACCUUCUGUGCUGUGGCCAAUUAGGGACAGUUAUAAAUAGGUCACUAGAGUGUGCAGCCAAUAGCUGUAAGGAAUACAACAGUGUUCUGCACUUCCAUUUCUACCAGGAGCUGAAAAGCUCACAAUUUCAGAAUGGAACUACAGGAAAAGGGGAGAAAAUAAAUAAAGAUAGUAUUUUGUAGAGUAUAUAUGUAAACUCGAGUAUAUGUGUUUGUGUCUGUGUGUGUGUAUAUAUAUAUAUGUAUAUGUGUGUGUAUGUAUAUGUAUAUAUAUAUAUAUAUAUAUAUAUAUAUAUAUAGCCAAAAAUGACACUCGACACUUUUGUUUCUACCCACUACCCCUUCCUCACUCCACCCAGUACCCCUUCCUCUUUGCAUAUGUUUUUAUAUUUUGAUAUAUAUAUUUAUAUAUUAUUAUCGGUUAUUUGUAGAGCUCCAACAGAUUCCGCAGCGCUAAUCUAUAAACACAACAUAUCUCUUUAUAUACCAUCUCAAAGUGUUUAAUGUCCCUUUAAGAAUUAUAUAUAGUUGUUACAAACACCUCUGCCAUAUAGUGCCCCAGACGCACGCUCUUGAGUCUACCACAUGGAAAGGAGCUGUCAUUUUAACUUCCUUGUCCCUUUAACAUCUGCUGUGUCACAUGGCCACAUGCCUGUGCUCAGUUUUUAAUUCUUCAGCUGGAUAUCUGAUCUUGGACCUUUGAUAUUGCAACAUGUCAGUCUCUUUUAUGCCAGUGGGCGUUAUCUGUUGUCCAACACUGUUAUUUUUUUAUGUGGGUAAUUUAUUUGGUAAAGAAAAUGUCUUUAAACCAAUGAUAUUGUGCAAUCAAUAAAAAAAGCUUUUACUUCA